CUCCUUCCGAGCCUCUAUCCUGGCUGCUGCAUGGGAGAGAGGACGAGAUGGCAGGUGAGAUCGCCAAGGCUCAGGUUGCUCGGCCUGGUGGCAACACGAUCUUCGGGAAGAUCGUCUGCAAGGAAAUCCCAGCCAAAAUCAUUUUUGAGGAUGACCACACCUCCCCUCAAGCACCAACACAUUUUCUGUUGAUAUCGAAAAAACAUAUAUCCCAGAUUUCUGCAGCAGAAGAUGAUGACGAAAGUCUUCUUGGACACUUAAUGAUUGUUGGCAAGAAAUGUGCUGCUGAUUUGGGCCUGAAUAAGGGUUAUCAAAUGGUGGUGAACAAAGGUGCAGAUGGUGGACAGUCUGCCUAUUAAGUUCAUCUCCAUGUUCUUGGAGGUUGGCAGAUGCAUUGGCCUCCUGGUUAAGCACGUUUUGGUGAUAAUUUUCCCUUCUCUGGGCAGUGAUUAAGUUAGGCAAUUUCCAGUAUGUUAAGUAGCACACUUAUUUUUGCCUGUGUAUGGAGAGAUUCAAGAAAUAAUUUUAAAACUGCAUACAUAAUAAAAGACAUUGUUGCAUGAAAAAAAAAAA